AUCGCAGGGGAAGCAACGGACAACAUUCCAGCGAGGGUCUCCGCUGCUGCAGCAUCUCCACGUCCCGGGUCAGCCCGCCCGGCGAAGAAGUUGACUGACUUUUGGCUGAGUUGGGCGCUCGAAGUGGCGCCGGGGAUGAAUGGCGUGCGGGUAGCCAUGCUGGGCAGCGAAGGGACGGGCAAAUCCGCUCUUACGGUGCGCUUUCUGACGAAGCGUUUCAUUGGAGAAUAUGCCUCUGAUUCUGAAUGCAUUUAUACAAAACAUUUAUAUCUGGAUGGAAAACAAAUUAACUUGGAAAUAUAUGAUCCUUGUUCCCAACCUCGACCAGGGAAAUUGUUACUUGCAGAUGAACUCCAAUGGGCAGAUGGAUUUGUCGUGGUCUAUGACAUCAGUGACAGAACUUCAUUUGUGUUUGCAAAAGCGUUGCUGUACAGGAUCCGCGAGUGUCAUGGAGGAGCUUGCAAAAGAACACCAGAGUGCACCGUGGUUUUGGUUGGGAACAAGCAAGAUUUGUGCCACGUACGAGAAGUCACUUGGGAUGAAGGACAGCAUUUGGCCCUGGAUUACAGAUGCCAGUUUUGUGAACUAUCCGCUGCAGAACAAUGCCAAGAAGUAGGAACGAUGUUCAGCCAAGCUUUGAAAAGCCUCAUGGCUCAUCCCAAGGGGAAGGAGAAGAGACGGCCCAGUGGCUCAAAAUCCAUGGCCAAACUGAUCAAUAACAUGUUCGGAAAGAGGAGGAAGUCUGUCUAGUGAGAGGCCCACCAGAAACGGGCAGGGAGCCAAGACACUGUCUCUUACACAUAUAUGCACACCAGUGGUGGGAUUCAGCCAGUUCGCACCUAUUCGGGAGAACCGGU